ACGAAAGAGGAGGGAGGGAGGUAGCCACUUGCGCACCAAAUGAGCUCAAACUCAUCAUCAUCUACAGCAGAGCGCAUCUCUGAUCACACACACACGCGCGCACACGGUAGCCUGCUGCUGCCGUAAGAAAACAGAUCCAGAGGAGCACACGAGAAGACACAUAAAGAGAGAGGCGGAGAGACCGAGACUGAGAAGAGAGGCAGAUAUCUGCAGAUAGAGAUGUCAGGCGUUGUGGUGUCUCUGUGUCUGCUAGCGGUCUUUGUGCUGCUGUGUGAGCUGAGCAGGAGAAUCUUAACCAAGCUACUAGCUCCCAGAGGGCUGUGUCUGUCUGCUGUUUACGCAGUGGAGCUGGUCUCUACGCUGCAGCUGUGUAUCUGCAACCUAGAGCUGCGUCUAUUGGGGGAGGUGGGCCGGCUGCAGCCUCAGUUCUGUCUCAGCCUCACAUAUCUGGCAUCUGUGGUCCAUGGCCUCACCUUCCAUGGAGCCCUGGGGAACCCCUGUAGCACGCUGGAAUACACCUACCGGGGACGCCUCACUGCCAGGAGCGGCGUGCUGAGGAUGGUGUGCCAGUUCAUGGCAGCAAGCGUGGCUCGUACCAUGCUACAGGGGCUGUGGGCCGUCGGGCUCUCUGACCUGCACCUGAGACACACACUCCAGGGCUUCCAAUGCAUUAGCCCCAUCCACACAGACACACACACCAGCCUGGUGCUCCCCGGCCCUCUGGUCACCGCUGCAGCUGUGGAGCUGGCAGGGGCCUUUGCCAUGCAAACCGCCUUCACACACACACACACGAUGGACCAGAGGUACCGGGUACAUGCCAUAGCAGCACUCACCGCUACCUUGACCUAUGCAGGUGGCAGUAUGACGGGGGCUGUGUUUAACCCUGCAUUGGCCCUCUCCACCCAGUUCUCCUGCAGUGGGCACUCCUUUAUGGAUUACUGCCUGGUCUACUGGCUGGCUCCUCUGUUAGGUAUGAUGUGUUCGGUCCUGUUGUUUGAUCAGAUGUUGUCUGGUAGAGCUGCUCCCUACCGCCACCUUCUGGCUAACAAGAGGAAAUGACCCUGGGUCAUUUUCAUUAGUGCACAUGUAGCAAAACCGUUUUGUAACUGAAUACAUUUAACUACAAAAACAAGUUUUUUUUUAGACAAGUUCAGGUAGUUUCUCCCCUUUUCGGUUAGUUUUCUUCUGUUUGGUGUCUACGGCCCUGGACCCACCAUCAAUCCCUACGAACCGAAGACCCUGAUGCAUAGUGACCUCUUUAAAACUAAGCACAUUAAAAAAAAGACUAUA